AUGUCUAAUUCAUCAUUCUACGACUUUCAUUGUCCGAAGGGAGGCAAGUGGUAUGCCUGUGAUGCUAAAGGUGGAAGUAAUUUUGUUGGCUGUUGCUUGAACGAUCCGUGUUCCACUGGAUGCAAACUAGGAGACGUCCAACCUGGUGCAUACAACGCUUCACAUCACGGAGAAUUUGCAGACGCCAGUUGCCCAACAAGCAGUACCUUUUAUACAUGCGGCUUUGGGGACACUUUCUGGGGAUGCUGCAAACACAAUGCAUGCAACGCAACACCGGCGCCUUCAUGCGAGGGUGGAAACCUGACUUCUGCCUUAAUGGACCUACCAGAGCAGUUCAGGGAUUACGCCCCUGAUGGCGCGAGCGCAACCUCAAGCGCAAGCUCCUCAUCAGGUGGCGGAAAGAGCAACACUGGUGCUAUCGUUGGUGGAGUAGUCGGAGGUGUCGUCGGUCUUGCUAUCAUUGGACUGAUUAUCUUCUUCGUCCUUCGCAAGAGACGCAACCAGAAGCCUGCCGAAGGUGAUAUGGGGGCAGCGGCCAUGGUUCCAAUGAUGAACAACGAGAAGCACGACCACAACAGGCACUCGUCACAGUUCAACGGCCAAUCACCACCUCCUACGUACUCUGCGCCUAUUGGGGGCUCCUACCACGACAAUACCCCCACCAAGGGCCAUCAAUCAUACCACCAAUACGCCAGCCAUGCAAGCGAACCCCAAGAGCUGCCAGCAGAGUUCCCUUCAUCUAGCACACAACGGUACUCCGAACUUCCUGCUGGUGCAGAUAAUCGACGAUUUUCUGAACUUCCUGCCGAGGCUACAGGACCUGCUCCUCCCUCUGAGUUGGAGUCACCGCAAGUGUCCCCUCGACCUGUACAAGCAGAAUUCCAGAAUGAUAUGGCUAAGCGAGCGACCUCGUCACCUCGAAUGAUGUCGACCAACCUCACUAGCAGACAGGCGUUCUCUCCUUCUUGUCCAGCUGGAGGUACGUGGUGGUCGUGCGGCUAUGGAACAUUCUUUGUAGGUUGCUGCGCGAGAGAUCCAUGUGAGAUCACUUGUGCACAAGGUAACCUUUAUCCGGGCGCUUUUGAUCCAGCCGCAUAUGGGACAUUUCCUGACGCUACGUGCGGAACUGGGAGCAAGUUCUACACGUGCACUGCUGGUGAAACUUUCUGGGGAUGUUGUAAAACGAACGCAUGCGCCCAGUCUGGCUGUCCGGACGGCGAUCUUGAGCCCGCCAUCCUCAAUCGCCAGGACCAGCUCAGCGCCUAUCAUGCCACUGGCGGAUCCACCACGAUAUCCAGCGCUACGGCUACAUCAUCGCCAUCUUCAUCUACCAGCGAUGCAUCUGUCAAUGUGGCAAAUGCAUCCUCAUCUACUACUACACCUGGAACAACCGCGACAUCCACAUCGGCCACUGCCUCCGCUCAAGCCGGAGAGAAAACACCGGUCGCUGCUAUUGCAGGUGGCGCAGCGGGUGGCGCUUUUGCACUCGCAGUGGUCGUCGGAUUCGUGGUAUGGUGUCUUUGUUUCAGAAGGAAGAAAGGAAAGAACGAUGGGAGCGGAGAGGGAAUGAAGCAGAGACAAGACACCCUACCUAUCGGUGGGAUGACGGAAGACCAACGAUCGCAACGACAUCAUAUACACAUACGAACGAAACCAACUGACCCCCCACCAACCUACACAUCUCCCAACCCAGGCUUCGACAACACCUUCUACGGCCAUCCAUCCCCUCUCAAUCAGCACUCGCAGUCCCCCUACGAUCCCCAAGAUCCGCGUUACAUAGCCUACGCCCAUCACGACCCAAAUUACGCCUCCGAUAACCACGCAUACCAUAGUCACGCACACGAAUGGCACACUCCACCCCAAGAACUCCCCAACUCCACCCCUUCAAAUCCUACGCCAGCACAAUUUCGUGCUCACAAAUCCAUGUACGGACAUUCGAGGGGCCCGUCUGAACUUUCAGGCGACGGAUUAAGGAGCGAAUUGGAUAGUGGAGGAGAAGUAGAGCCGGAAUCGCCUAUAUUGGGUGGUAUGUGGAAGGGUGACCAGGGCUCUAGAGAUAGACAUGUCGCAGGCUCAGAUACUACACCGCAAGUGUGGAUGGCGCCUCAGGAUUGGGCGUCUCGGGGUACCAAACCUACGGCCCCUAAUCAGCAAGGACCUGAAGAACGGAGAGGAGAACGCGAGCCAGGGGGUAAAAUGAGACCGUAUGGUUUGGGUGUAUUGGAUGAUGCGCCGCAAGAGAGAUAUAGAAAGGACGGAAAAGGGACGGGGAGAAGUGAUGUAGGAAGGGGGAUGAGGGAGUGA